GCGCGGCGCGGGCGGGAGCGGGUGCGCGGUGCUGCCCAUGGCGGACCCCGAGGAGGAUACCGAGGAUGGCUUCUACCAGCAGUACGCGGCCGAGCUGGAGGUGCUGGCAGAGCUGGGAGAUGACCCGUUCUUACCCGCUGGCCCCAAAAUCUCCCAGUUCCGGAGCAAGAAGCAGCCACCGGAGGAGCCCGACCCUCCCGGAGACCCCACCGGGGACACCAACCCGAAGAAGAGGGACCGGGGCUGUGACCCACCCGAGUCCCCGUCACCACCCACAGCCCACACCCCGAAGCCAAAGCGGCGGCGCCUGGAAGCUGUCAAGAAGCUCAAUUUUGGUGCCGAUGAUGAGUUUGCUCCUAAUGGCUUCUGGGAUGCUGGCCCAGAGGCACCUUCUACUCCCCAGACUGGGAAAGGGAAAGACACCAACCCGAAGAAGAGGGACCGGGGCUGUGACCCACCCGAGUCCCCGUCACCACCCACAGCCCACACCCCGAAGCCAAAGCGGCGGCGCCUGGAAGCUGUCAAGAAGCUCAAUUUUGGUGCCGAUGAUGAGUUUGCUCCUAAUGGCUUCUGGGAUGCUGGCCCAGAGGCACCUUCUACUCCCCAGACUGCCAGGCCAGUCAAGAAGCUCAAUUUUGGUGCCGAUGAUGAGUUUGCUCCUAAUGGCUUCUGGGAUGCUGGCCCAGAGGCACCUUCUACUCCCCAGACUGGCAGCUCAGGCCACCUGGAGAUGAGCGGCAUGGUGCCUCUGCAGACCACGCCACCCUCCGAGAAGAAGCGGGUCCUCAAGCGGCCACCCGUCCUGGAGGAUUACAUCAACGUGACGUCCACCGAGGGCACCAGGGUCUUCAUGGUCUUGAGGGAUGAUCCCUCCAGGACAGGCGUGGAGCUCCCAGAUUCCCUGGGCUGGAAUGCGCGCAGGCCGCUCCACUUGCUGGGGGUGCCUUUCUCCUACCUGAAGGAACAAGUGAAUGAAGAGCGUCGGCGACGUGUUCUGGAGGCAUCACAGCAGCUGACGGAGAUAAUAUCUAGUUGCCUCGAGAGCGAGACCAGCACCGAGAGCCCAGAGCCCAGUGGGGAAGCAGAAGGAGAACCAGCAGAUGAGGAGGAGUCAGCCCUGCAUUGCCUCUGGGUGGACAAGUUCACUCCCCGGCGCUACAUGGAGCUGCUCAGUGAUGAUUACACAAACCGCUGCCUUCUGAAGUGGCUCAAGCUCUGGGACACUGUGGUGUUUGGGAAGGAGAAGGCUGUCAAGAAGACCAAGCCCAGCACUGAGGCUCAUCCUCCAUUCAACCAGCCCAAGGAGCAACAGAAUAAGUGGAAAACAAAGAUGCAGCUCACAGAGGAGAUUCUGGAGGCUGAGCUGGACCAGCACAAGAGACCCAAAUACAAGGUAGCCCUGCUCUGUGGCCCACCUGGCUUGGGGAAGACCACGCUGGCCCACGUCAUUGCCAAGCACGCGGGGUACAACGCUGUCGAGAUGAACGCCAGCGACGACCGCAGCCCCGAGGUUUUCAAAACCCGCAUCGAAGCUGCCACUCAGAUGAAGUCUGUUCUGGGCGCCAACGAGAAGCCCAACUGCCUGAUCAUCGAUGAGAUAGACGGUGCACCCGCGGCAUCUAUCAACGUGCUGCUAAACAUCAUCCACCGUAAGGAUGCGGAGGGCGAGGCAGCGGCUGGCGCAGGCCGGAGGAGGCGGCGUGAGGGUGGACUGCUGCUCCGGCCCAUCAUCUGCAUCUGCAACGACCAGUACGUCCCUGCCCUCCGGCCGCUGCGGCAGCAGGCCUUCCUGCUCAACUUCCCUCAGACGGCGCCAUCCCGGCUUGCCCAGCGGCUCUGCGAGAUCGCCCUGCGGCAGGGCAUGCGGGCGGACACGGGCGCGCUGCUGGCGCUGUGCGAGAAGACGGAGAACGACAUCCGCUCCUGCAUCAACACCCUGCAGUUCUUGCACGGCCGAGGCCAGAAGGAGCUGAGCGUGCAGAUGGUGCAGACGAUGAAGAUCGGCUUGAAGGACCAAAACAAGGGGCUCUUCUCCAUUUGGCAAGAGAUCUUCCAGCUCCCAAGGGUCCCAAGGCACAGGAUAGGAAUGGAUCCUGCUUUGCCAGCCCAGCUCCUGAUGGGCGAUGAGGACCUGGUGCACCUGAAGGGGACAACUGGCUUUGGCGCAUCCUACCACCGCUUCCACCACAUCCUGCACCUCGCCGUCUCCUCAGGGGAGCAGGAGAAGCUUGCCCAGGGUCUGUAUGAGAAUUUCCUGAACAUGAAGCUGCGGGACUCCAGCUUCAGCUCGGUGUGCUUGGCCCUGGAGUGGCUGGGCUUCUCCGACCUUCUGAGCCGAGCUGUUCUGCACGGGCAGAGCUUCCAGCUGAUGCGGUACCUGCCCUUCCUGCCCGUGGCUUUCCACCUGCUCUUUGCAGCCACCAGCAUCCCCCGGCUCUCUUAUCCCAGCAGCCAGCACGAGGCCCUGGCCAAGCUGAACCACAUGCAGAACCUCGUCAUGUCCAUGUUGUCGGGGAUAACUCCCAGCGCCCGCAGCCGUGCGGGGCAGCAGUCUCUCGUCUUGGAGGUGCUCUGUCUGCUGCUGGACAUCAUCGCCCCGAAGCUCCGACCAGUGAACACCCAGCUCUACAGCCUGAAGGAGAAGCAGCAGCUGGCAGACCUCAUCAGCACCAUGCUGGCCUACAACCUCACCUACCACCAGGAGCGCCUGCCCGAGGGCCAGUACGUCUACAAGCUCGACCCGAACGUGGAGGAUGUCUGCCGGUUCCCGGACCUGCCGGCUCGCAGGCAGCUGACCUACCAGGCCAAGCAGCUCAUCGCCAGGGAGAUCGAGCUGGAGAAGAUGAGGAGGACAGAGGCUUUGCUGCAGGCGCGAAACCUGGGCGAGGAGCCCAGGAAUGGCCUCGGUGAGGUGGGGGAGCCAGCGGACGUGGGGCCAGCAGAGCCCCCCAACCACCAGCAGCGCCUGGAGCACAUCGUGCGGCGAGCGGCGGUGGAGGACAAGCCUGAGACUGACUUCUUUGGGCGGCCACUUCGGCGACAGCAGGUGGCCACAGACCCAGCCCCUCAGGUUUCCAAGGAAGAGUCGAUCGAGAGCCAGAUGGGAAAGGCCGUGGGGAAGAGCGACGUCUGGUUCCGGUUUAACGAAGGGGUUUCCAACGCCGUCAGGAGGAAUAUCUACAUCAAGGACCUGCUGUAGCAGGGUGGAGGUGACGCCCAGGAAAUUAUAUAAAUGGAACUGAAAGGGAUAAGCUGACUUGACUUUCUAACCCGUGGAUGGGGGGCGUCUGUGCGUGAUCCUCAUUGGUUUUGCUUUUUUUUUUUUUUAAUACCCACUUGUUUUGUUAAAAAAAAUAAAAUAUCUAUAAAAAAAAA